AUGUCUACUCUCGAGGACCUUGCUGGUCUGACCAGCCGCCGCGAUGACGACGACAAAAAGAAGGACGAGAAGAAGGACGACAAGAGCAAGAGACAAGGGGAUGGCGAUGCCGAGAUGAAGGAUGCCGAGCCCGAGGAGGAUGUGCUGGACGAGGAGAUUCUGGCUCUUGCCACAGAGGACAUCAACACUCGCCGCCGACUUCUCGACAACGACGCCAGAAUCAUGAGAAGCGAGUACCAGCGGUUAACGCACGAGAAGCAGACUAUGCUGGAGAAGAUCAAGGAGAACAAGGAGAAGAUUGACAACAACAGACAACUGCCCUAUCUUGUUGGCAAUGUCGUUGAGCUCUUAGACCUCGACCCCACCGCCGAAUCAUCCGAAGAGGGCGCCAACAUCGACCUGGAUGCUAUCCGCGUUGGUAAAUCGGCCGUGAUCAAGACAUCGACUAGGCAAACGAUCUUCCUACCCCUCAUCGGUCUCGUCGACCCGGACAAGCUGCAGCCUGCCGAUCUUAUCGGUGUGAAUAAGGACUCGUAUCUUAUUUUGGACACUCUGCCGGCUGAGUAUGACAGCAGAGUCAAGGCGAUGGAGGUUGACGAGAAGCCCACGGAGAAGUACAGCGAUGUUGGUGGUUUGGACAAGCAGAUCGAUGAGAUCAUCGAGGCUAUUGUCUGGCCGAUGAAGGAGGCUGAGAGGUUCAAGAAGAUUGGUAUCAAGGCUCCAAAGGGAUGCUUGAUGUAUGGCCCUCCAGGUACCGGCAAGACGCUCUUGGCCAGAGCGUGCGCUGCGCAGACUGAUGCCACUUUCCUCAAGCUUGCCGGUCCCCAAUUGGUGCAGAUGUUCAUUGGUGAUGGUGCCAAGCUUGUGAGAGAUUGCUUCGCUCUGGCGAAGGAGAAGGCCCCUGCGAUUAUCUUCAUUGACGAGUUGGAUGCCAUUGGUACCAAGCGUUUCGACAGUGAGAAGAGUGGUGACCGUGAAGUCCAAAGAACCAUGUUGGAGCUUCUCAAUCAGCUGGAUGGCUUCGCCUCGGACGACCGCAUCAAGGUCAUCGCCGCCACAAACAGAGUGGAUGUCCUCGACCCUGCGCUGCUGCGUUCCGGCCGUCUUGAUCGCAAGAUUGAGUUCCCGUAUCCCAACGAGGAGGCCCGGGCUCAGAUUCUCAAGAUCCACUCCCGCAAGAUGAAGGUGGAUGAGAACGUCAACUGGGGCGAACUGGCGCGCAGCACAGACGAGUUUGGUGGUGCCAUGCUCAAGGCUGUUUGUGUUGAGGCUGGCAUGAUUGCCCUGCGGAUGGGGAAGAACAAGAUUGGGCAUGAGCACUAUGUCGAUGCCAUUGCUGAAGUACAGUCCAAGAAGAAAGACACGGUCAACUUUUAUGCGUAA